CCCCUUGAGUGAAAAUAACUCAAAAAAAGGACAGAAAGUUAAAAUCUUUGAUGAAGAAGAUCCAAAUCAAAUUGGGGAGGAUCAAAAUCUAGGGUUCCGGCGAAAGCACUCGACUUUAUUCUCCCGGAUUAACAAAAAGAAAAAGAAAAAAAAAACUCUCUCCUUUUCAUCAAUCAUGAGUAGAGGUCAGUCGUAUUUCAUCACUCUCAUCAGAAACCCAUCUCGUCAGAACAACACCACCACCCAGAUACGUACUCUAACCCUCGAUUCGCCUUCUCGGGGCACUAGUACCGAACCUGACUCCGAUGCGCAUCAGGGAAGCUACACGGAAAUGGCUAAAACCGUCUCUACCAUCAUCAGAGAGAGACACAGGUGGCAGCAAACUCUGGUAUCUGAUUUCCCCUCGUUUAAUUUCGCAGAUCCUCUGUUUUUCCGACAAAUGUUGACUUUACAGAACAACAACAACGUUAUGUUCUCUCUGUGGUUCUUCCGUUGGCUCUGCUCCACCUUUGACUACAAACCUGAUCCUGUUUCUUUAAACCUUCUCUUCGGCGCUCUUUUGGAUGCUAAAGCCGUUAAAGCUGCGAAAAUCUUUCUAGACACCACUGGUUUUAAGUUUAGCCCUGAGGUAACGUUGUUAGAGAGGUACGUGAAGUGUCUCUGUGAAGAUGGGUUGGUGGAAGAAGGUAUUAAAGUGUAUACUCAACUCAAAGAGAGUGGAACUGUUCCUUCGGUUCCAACUUGCAAUGCUGUUUUACUAGGCUGCUUGAAAGUUAAGAAACUAGAUCUCUUCUGGGAGCUUCACAAGGAGAUGAAAGAGACCGAGGUUGUUGAUCUCGAGAGGAUACAGUGUUUGAUCCAAGCUUUGUGCGACGGUGGAGAGGUUUCAGAAGGGUACGAGCUACUCAAGAAGGUUUUGAAACAAGGACUUGAUCCAGGACACGCUGUGUAUUCAAGAUUGGUAUCUGGCUUCUGUAAGAUUGGGAACUACGCUUGUAUGUCGGAGAUUCUCCACACGAUGAUUGCCUGGAACCAUUCCCCGAGUAUUUAUACCUACCAGGAGAUUAUCAAGGGGCUGUGCAAGAAUCAGAAGCAGCGCGAGGCGUUUUGUGUGUUUAACAAUCUUAAAGAGAGAGGCUAUGCGCCUGACAGGGUCGUUUACACCACGAUGAUCCAUGGGCUGUGUGAGAUGGGGUGGUUCGGGAGCGCGAGGAAGCUGUGGUUUGAGAUGAUGGAGAAAGGGAUGCGGCCUAACGAGUUUACUUAUAAUGUGAUGAUACACGCGCAUUUGAAGAGAGGAGAAGUUGUGCUGGCUAGGGAACUAUACGGAGAGAUGCUUAGAAAUGGGUAUGGAGAGACAACGGUGAGCUGUAAUACGAUGAUCACGGGGUUCUGCUCGUAUGGAAGAGCGGACCAGGCGUUUGAGGUUUUCAAGAAAAUGUCUGAGACUGGGGUGAAACCUGAUGCGAUCACGUAUAAUGCUUUGGUUCAAGGGUUUUGCAAGGAGAAUAAGGUUGAGAAAGGGAUUGCUCUGUUCAAGGAGCUCAAGGCCUUGGGGAUGUACCCUUCUGAUAGGACUUAUGCUGCACUUCAGAAGAUGAGAAACCUGAAGUUGUCUGAUUCUGUUGCAGCUUCCUUAAAUGAGAUUCUAGAGGCUGCCUGAAAGCAACUAAUUUUGUCAGGUAUUAGGUUGAUUCAACAAUGAG